CUCACGGCGAUCGCUGUAAGUAACAGAACUUAUGGAUAAAAUACCUAAGCCGCUUAAACUUUACUGCUUAUUUGUUAUUCUUAACUCAUAUAUAUAUAUAUGUAUAUAAAUAUAUAUACAUAUACAUAUACGUAUAAAAAUUAGCCAAUUAAUCGCAAUAUCUGUUACUUAAAUAAAUAUUAAUUUUGAACGUUAAAUUUUAAAAAAUAAUUUAUUUAUAUAUAUACAUAUAUAUGUAUAUAUAUAAAUUAAAAUAAAUAUAAUAAUUUAUUAUUGGCAAAUUGUGAUAAUAUUAUUUCAGUUUCAAUCGCGAAAAUCGUGAAAGCGUUUUUUGGCGCACGCGCGUUUUAUAAAACGGCUGAGUGAGUGGGAGAGAAAGCCGGCUCUAUAUAUAUUAUUUUUAUAAUAACAACAAUAAUAAUAAUAAUAAUAAAUUUAUCUAUAUAACUAUUAAACUGGUGACGCGACUAUAUCGGAGUAGAGUUAAUAAAAAAGGUGGUAAAUUUAAAAAAAAAGAACACCUGUUUGGUGAUUUUGUUUUUAAAAUUUAAAAAUUUAAAUGGGGUAAUGUGAGUUAAAAUAAUAUAAAAUAGUGAUGAAUAAAAAGACAUUGAUCGACGGAAAGAUACAAUAAGAAAUGAGUUUAAUGACCGACAAUCGCUUUAAAUGCGAGCCGUCUCGUCUACAACUUUUGCAACAACUGCUAAUACUUGUGCGACAUGUUCACGAGAAUUCACCAUUUUCAUCGGUCAUACACUAUCAUUAUCAUUAAGUGUAAUAAUUUAUUUACACUUAAAAAUUCAUAUGUGCACUAACUUUUUAACGUAUAAUGAUAAUAAUAAUAAAUAAAGUUUGCCGCGGAUUGGUCGCGGUAUUAAACAGCUGACUCUAGAUCAGGAAAAGCGUAAAUUCGAUUGCUUUAACAAAGACAACUUUUGGAGGUCAACUGGUCUUUAUUUUUUUACUUUUCUUUCUUUAUUACUUUUUUUAAAAGUACAAAACUUUGGUAAAUCAAUUGUCAUUACGUAGGUAAAUAAAUAAACUGCAGGAUAAUAUUCAUUGUUAUUAUUAGUAUUGAUAUUUAAAAUAUAUGAUAGCUAAAUUUUUCACACUUUACGUAAUCAUUAAAUAGUGACGGUCGUACAGAGCUUUCGUGAAUGGCCUUCGUGUAAAUUGUGUGCGCGAGUGUCUCAUCUAUAUUUUACUCAUAUAUAUUUAUACAAAUGUAUGUACAUUUACAUACAUAUAUGAGUAUUACUUUGGAUCAUCGACAGUGUCAACACAGUGGUUGUUGCUCUCAGUUAUUAUGAUGUACUGAUGUUAAAAAUAAUUAUAUAUAUAAUAAAUACUACGUCAUUACUUGAUAAAUAAAAUAUAUAUAUAUAUAUAUUUUAAAAAAAUAUGUAAAAAUAAAAAUAAUUGAAUAUAAAAAUAAUUUUUUUUGAAACUAAUAAUUUAAAAAAAAAAUUAUCAAUCGUUAUCAAUUUUUAUCAAUGUCUUAUCAGUUCUAUAUAAAUUUAUCGAAUGUGAUAACAAAUUGCGAUUUCAUUGUAUAGUUUUAUUUAAUUUGUAUUUUAAAAAUAGUGAUAAUAAUUAAAAAAAAAAAAAGUAAAGAAGUGACGUAAAAGUGUAAAUUUUGAAAUAGGAUUUUUUGAUGCCGUUUUUGUUUUGUGGUUUUGUGUUUAACUCGUCAGACGACGAGACACGUGAGAUGCCGGUAGCGUCAAACAACUACUGGCUUCCGGAGUCUGCUAAAAUAAUAAAUCUUCACGCAAACUCAGCUACUGGAUGGAUGUCACCCUACAGUAGAGUUCAAGGGGCAGUUGAGCAUACUCGUGAUACUGCGGGUAGUGAAGGUGGUUGUGAAGGUACUGAAGGAGGUUUAAACAGUUGCUUUGAACAGCAACAGUAUCGUGGUGAUGUGAAUAAAGUGGAAUUGGAGGAGACGGAAACCGCCAACGUACCGGCUAAUAAAACUAAUAAUAAUAUCAAUAAUAAUAAUAAUAAUAGUCAUAAUAAUAGUGGCAGUAUCGGCAAUAAUAAUAAUAAUAGUCAUAAUAUUAAUAAUCAUAAUAAUAAUAAUAAUAAUAAUAAUAAUAUAAAUAGUAAUAAUAAUAUUGUUAAUAGUAGUGAUAAACACAGUAGUCGACGUUAUAUUGGUGGUAAUAGUCAUAAUGGUAGUGGUGUUGUUAUAUUGGAGGGAUGUAGGCCGAGCACAACUACUGCGAGAAGAUUUUUGAGGUGGUUUGGACGAAUCGGACAACCUGUUAUGGAAAAAUCAGGGGUAUUGGAGAUGGCCGCGACAGAAAGUACGAUACGUUUCAGUGGUCACACAUUAGAUAAAGCUACCAAGGCAAAGGUGACAUUAGAGAACUACUACAGCAAUUUAAUAGCCCAGCAUAUUGAACGAAAGCAGAGGCUAGCAAAGCUCGAGGAAUCAUUGAAAGAUGAGGGGUUAUCUGAACAACAAAAGCAAGAGAAAAGGCUUCAACAUGCGCAAAAAGAAACCGAGUUUCUUCGCUUGAAGCGAUCUCGACUCGGUGUCGAAGACUUUGAGCCACUCAAGGUUAUCGGUCGUGGAGCCUUUGGCGAGGUGAGAUUGGUACAAAAAAAAGAUACUGGUCAUGUUUACGCAAUGAAAAUAUUAAGAAAAGCGGAUAUGCUUGAAAAAGAACAAGUUGCCCAUGUAAGAGCCGAAAGAGAUGUACUCGUUGAAGCCGAUCAUCAGUGGGUUGUUAAAAUGUAUUACAGUUUUCAAGAUCCUAUUAAUUUAUAUUUAAUUAUGGAAUUUUUACCUGGAGGCGACAUGAUGACGCUUCUAAUGAAGAAAGAUACACUUUCAGAGGAGUGCACUCAAUUUUAUAUAUCCGAGACGGCGUUAGCUAUUGAUUCUAUUCAUAAAUUAGGUUUUAUACAUAGAGAUAUUAAACCAGACAACCUGUUGCUUGACGCACGGGGUCAUAUUAAAUUAUCGGAUUUUGGCCUAUGUACGGGACUUAAAAAGUCACACAGAACUGAUUUUUAUAGAGAUCUCAGUCAAGCUAAACCCUCUGACUUUAUGACGUCGUGUGGCAGUGGAAGUGGCGGUGCAAUGGAUAGUAAAAGACGUGCUGAAAGUUGGAAAAGAAAUAGACGAGCACUGGCCUACAGUACAGUUGGGACACCAGAUUAUAUUGCUCCAGAAGUCUUCCUUCAGACUGGGUAUGGACCAGCUUGUGAUUGUUGGUCACUUGGUGUUAUUAUGUAUGAAAUGUUAAUAGGUUAUCCUCCAUUCUGCAGUGAAAAUCCACAAGAAACAUAUAGAAAAGUUAUGAAUUGGCGUGAAACAUUAAUAUUUCCACCGGAAGUGCCGAUUAGCGAAGAGGCCAAAGAUACUAUUAUUAAAUUCUGUUGCGAAGCUGACAGAAGAUUAGGAUCUCAAAGAGGUAUUGAAGAACUAAAAUUAGCUCCAUUCUUCCGUGGUGUUGAUUGGGAGCAUAUACGAGAACGACCUGCUGCGAUACCAGUUGAAGUUCAAUCAAUAGAUGACACAUCUAAUUUCGAUGAUUUCCCCGACGUUAAGCUUGAAAUACCUUCAGCACCACUGCCCCAGGACGGAGAGGUGAUAUACAAAGACUGGGUCUUCAUAAAUUAUACAUUCAAACGUUUCGAAGGCCUCACGCAACGUGGCACGCCAACGAAGAAAUAGCAAUCCUACAAUUCUGCUUCAAUGAUAAUAAAUCAGCAAUCAGAUUCAUUAAAUCCGGCCCAAGUUCAUCAGCAACCGACGACACUGUCUACAACCUCAUCAACAAAUCAAUCGUUACAAGACGGUUGUUGAUUUUAUUUUUAUCAUCAAUAAUAAAUAAUAAGUGUGUUUAAAGUUGCUUAUAAUUACAAUAUAUUUAAAUUAUUACUAUAAAUAAUUAAUCUUCAAGAUUAACAAAAUUUUAGGCCUGGAAUGCUGAUUUUAGACGAUACGAUUACAGCUCUCUUCCCAACUCUCUACUACUAAAUGAGUAUGUGUUACUCGAUUUUUAAAUUUACCUGCGACAAUUUAAUCAUUGUAUUCUAUUUUCACUCGAUAAUAUUCUAUUUUAAUUAAUAAUUAAUAGUUCAAGUUUUUUUUUUAUCAUUUUUUAUUAGUAAAAUUUUUUUCUAACGGAAUUUAAAUAUCAUGUGAUAAUUGGCUGACGCUAAAUAAUUUUUAUAUCGUUUUCUAAUUUUUAUUUAUUAAACCUCAUUAUUUAUAUACAUUUUUUUUUUUUAGAUUUAUUAAUUUGCCAUUUACGUAACGAUAUUUUACUGUAUUGUAUUAGAUGAUUAUUAUUAUUUUUUUUGUACAGUGACUUUAAUUACACGAUUAAAUUAAUUACAAGUGAUUUAAUUUAUUUGAAUGAUAUUGGGAAAAUUAAUAAUUGAAAUAGAAUAUAAUUAAUGUGAUUUUAUUAUUUUAUAUUUUUUUUAACGCUCAAAAUUUCCAAUUCUGCCUCGCGAGCGUUUUAACGUGCCUCGUUAUAUGCCAAGUUUAAAAAUUUUAAAUAAUUAAUAGUCAUGAUGCGGAAAAAAAAAAUUUUUAUUUAUUUAUCUGCGGCCGUUAUUAUAAUUAAAAAUUUUUUUUUAAAUCAAUCUAUUAAAAGUAUAAUUAUUUUUUGAAAAUUUUCUAUUACUUUUAAUUAAAAAAAAAAAAAAUUUCAAAAGUUCUAAAUUACACAAAAAAAAUUCCAGAAAAGUUCGACGGGGAAUUUUCGAAUUUGAGACAAAUUUAAACUUCGAGAAGAGCUUUUGUAAUAUGGAUAGAAAAAAAAAGUGUCUAAGAUUUAAUAUGUGAAAAUUUUAAGUAAAAAAAGAAAGUUUUUGAAACAUAUUUUCAUUACAUUCAAAAAAGUUAAAAGACAUGAUCCUGAAGUUAGGUUACAUCUAAUUAUCUUUGGACUUUGUAAAAAACGAUAAAUUAUAAAAAAAAAAAUAUUUAAAAAAAAUGCACUUAUAGUCUAUUAAAUUUUCGACAUGUGCAUAUUUUUAUUUAUUUUUUUCCUUCAAAUUUAAUUGUUUAAAAUAAGAUCCUAACAGUUUUCAUUGUUUGCUAACUUUGGGAUCAUUAGAAAACCUUAAAUUUUGAACUUUUUAUCAACGGGUUUUGAUUCUUACAAAGCUAAUGGUUUUUAAUGGGAUUUUUUUCUGAAUGAGGUUUAAAUGAGGUUAUAAUAUCUUUUGAGUAAUAUUGUGUUACUGAUUCGAAAAAGUUACUUUUAUAUGCUCUUUUGGUUUUCAAAAUUUUUUUAGUCAAUGUUCAGCUAUAAAAUAAGUUUAUAAUAUGAAUGGCAACAGAAAAAUUAUGCGCUUUUAGGCUUAAUCUUAAAAGACUAAAGUCAAAUUUUUUUUUUAAUUUUUAGCAUCGAAAUAAGUCUUCAAAAAAAAUUAUACGCCGUUUUGACUUCAUACUAAAUAAUUAAACCCAAAAGAACGUAUAAAAAUAUGUUAUUUUGGAAUUAAUGACGCAAUACAUAUAUAAUGACCUAAAUACAAUUUAUUUUUUAUAAUAUCAAAAUUACAAAAGUUAAAAAAAAAUUAUAAUCUUUUUCAAGGUUAGAAGUUCUACAAGUCGAAUUUUUUCGGAAUAUUUUUUUACCAAAAUUUUUGCUUUUAAAUAAUUGUUAUAACUCAAAUUAUUUUUCGAAUUAAUUUUUCUGAAAAUUGAUGACAUAAAUAUUAUUAUAUAUGACUUAUUUUAUAUUACAUAGUCAUAUAUUUAAAAAAAAAAAAAAAAAAAAAAGUAAAAUGAAUAAAAAAAAUUUUUCCGUACGUGGGUGGGGGAAUGGCAACACAAAUUUAAAAUAAAAUUGCAAAUAAAUAUAUACUAAUAAAUAAAUCAAUAAAUGAAAAAUAUAUAUUCAAAUAAAAAUAUAAAAAUUAGUUUCAUACAAUUUUGCCAGCAUUUACUUAAAAUAUCAAUAAAAUAUAAAAUGAAAAUAUUCGUAUCGCGUAAAAUUUUUCAGAAUAUAGUUUCAUAAUGAGUAAACAACUGACUAGAUUAAUAAAUAAUAAUUAUAUAACAAAACUAAAGAAAAUAAAAAAAAGUUGAAUUUCAAACAGAGUAAAGUUCUGCAGUUAAAGUAAAUAAAGUUAUAAAAUAAACUAUUUUCUGCAUUAAAAAUAAUAAUAAUUAUAAAUAAAAAUGCAUACGACAGCGUAGAUUGUAGAGUAAAAAAUUUUUGUUAGUAUCCCGCUAUCGUAUUACAAAAUAAAACUAAUAAUAAUUAAAUAAAUAAAUAAUCGUUUUAACGUCCAUGUACUGAUUAUAGAUUUAAAAUAAUUAUUAGAUUAAAUAAAAAUAGUAAGAUGAUAAAGAGAGAAUAAAUAAUUUAAUCGCAAUUUAUUUAUCUAUUCAGAGAAUAAAUCUAGAUAAAAAAAGUAAAUAAAUAAAUAAAUUAACCACAAUAGUCACGAGAUGCCUUUGCCGCGUAAAUUCUUAUAAAUAAAUCACAGUGCAGUAAAGGAUUUUUUGAAAUUCAGUGAAAGUCUGUUUUUAAAUUUUUCAAAUAUUUUAUACUUUAAUGUAAAAUUUGCUUUUUUGUUUCGUUGAAUUUAUAGUAAUUGUUUAUUAUAAUAGACAUGAGGUUUUUUUGGUUAUAAAAAAAAUGCAAAAUUGAUUAAUAUUAAUUUUUUUUUUAUGACGAAUAUAUCAACUGAUAUUUUUAUAAAAAUGGUAUACUCAAAUUAUGGUUAAUCUUUUACAUAAAUUUUACGAGUGUGCGAAUUGUUCGAAUAUACGAUUUUUUUGUGUCGAAUCGAAUAAUUUGAAAUUUUUAAAAUAUUUUAAACUCUGAACUUCGAAAAUUUGGGAAUAAUUCAAAAAUUUUCUUUAGAACGACUUAAAAUUAUAAUAGUUUUUUGAACUAAUUCGAAAAGAUUUGAAUUAUUCGAAGUGUCAAAUCAUUCAAAUAAAUUCUAAUAUUACGAGAACAUUCAAAUUAUUUGAAAACUUACGAAUUAUUCGAGGUGUUAAAUUAUUCAAAAACUUCAGAAUUUUUAAAAAAGAUUCGAAUUAUUCGAAGUGUCAAAUUAUCCAAAAACUUGCGAAUGACUCGAAAAUUUAUGAAUAAUUCGGAAAUUCGAAUUAUCUGAUUCAAAAUUUAUAUCUAACCUAAUUCGCACACUUCUAGUAAAUUUAACAAUCUAUUCUUACAAAAAUGAAUUUGUCUUAACCUAAAAAAAAUUUUCCCCAUUAAUUAUUCGACUUUUUGUUGUAAAAAAAAACUAAGUGUCCAUUGCCGUAAACAAUUAACUAAAUAACAAUUAAUAAUUAUAGUCGCCGAACAAAAAGUAAUCGCGGCACGAGUGACACAACAAUAAAUAUUUAAGUCACCUAAUAAAAUAUAUCCAUUGAAUAACAAAAAAAAAAAAAGAAAACUGUUAAUAAUAAUAAUAAUAAUAAUAAUAAUAAUAAUAAUAAUAAUAAUAAUAAUAAUAAUAAUAAUAAUAAUAAUUACAAAUAUCGUUUUUUCCCCCGCCCCUAGAUGCCCGUAAUUAAUAUACUCAAUAACCCCAAUCGUAUCGUAUCAUAAGCAGAAUUGGAAGAAGCUAAUUAACAGCAUAAUUAAUGAAACUAAAUACUAAAAAAAUAUAUUAAGAAACGUUAUGUAUAAAAUCGUAAGAACAAAAUCUGAUUGAGACAAAAUAACAAAUAAUGAUUAUUAUUAUUAAGAAUUUAUUAAUUUAAAUGAAUAAAUAAAUAAUAAUAAUAAUAGUAAUGAGUGCAUUCGAGGUGUUAUCCUUGGAAUAUGUGAUAUAUACUAUCGAAUCGAUGACGUAUAAGACAUUUCUCUUAUUGAAAUAUCGUUAAAGUAUUAAUCGAUCGACGUUAAAUUUAUUUUAGUAACGUAAUUAAAUAAAAAUUAAUAAUUCAAUAAAAUAAAAGAAACGUUAAGAAUUUUACGAGGAUGUCAUUCCCCAUGAAAAAAAUUUAUUUUUAAAAAAUAUAUAAAAAUAUAUAUAAAAUAUGUAUAAGACAUAUUAUAAAUAGCUAACUUGUAGCCGAAUUUCGUAUAGAUUUUAUAUAGAUUAGAAUAUAUGACAAAUACAUCUAUAAAAAUAUUUAAAAAAAUAUAUAUAUAUAUAUAGAAAAUAUACUUUUAUUUAAACCAAUAACGUAGAAAAAAAAUCGGAAAAAGAUUAUAUAAAACAUAUACUAUAUAUAUAUAUAUAUAUUUAAAAAAAUUUUUAUAUAUGUAUUUUUUAUAUAUUCCGAAAUAUAUAGAAUAUAUAUAAAAUUCGUUUGAAAAUUAGCUAUUUAAAAUAUAUCAUUUGAACAUGUUUUAUAUAUAUUUAUAUAUUUUUUAUAUAUUUUUUUCAUGGGGUUAUACUCCUCGUAGCCGUCCGUUUUUUUUUUUAUUUUUUUUUUGCUUAGAAAAAUUUUAGGCGAUUAAUUAAAAAUAAAAUCAUGGAUAUAAAAAUUUCAAUUAGUAAUUAAUGUAUUUAAUGUGUGUUAAUAAUAUAUAUGUAUAAAAAUUGGGACUGUGAGGAAAAAUUUUUGAUUAAUUGAUGAAUUAAUGAAUUAAUUAAUUAGUUAAUUAGUUGUGUUAAUUAAAAAGUGAAAGCAGACAUUUAAAUGUGAGUCUCUUUUAUUAUUUCUAUUAAUUUUUUUGUACAGUGAUUUAAUUUAAUUAAUGAAUUAAAAAAUGAAAUUAAUUAAUUAUCAUUAAUAAAAUUAAUUGAUUUAUUAUUUUUAAGAAUAGACUUUUAAGUAGACUAUUAUUUUUGUCAAUCGUCGAGAUAAUACAGUUGCGAUAUUUUGUUAGAUGAAAUAUAAAUAAAUAAAUAAAUAUAUUAAUUGAUAAUAAUAAUAAUUAAUGUAAAGAGUAACAAUUAAUUAAUUAAACAAAUUAAUAAGUGUUAAAAAAUAAUUGUAAGCUGUGAGUUUACGGAAUAAAAAUAGGAACAGGUAAUGAAGAUAUCGUAACACAAUAUCGUGAACAAAUAAAUCUGAUGGAUAACUAUUAUAAAUAUAUAUAUUAUAUAUAUGAAUAUAAAUAAAUGAAUAAAAUAUAAAUGUGUGUCUACGUAAUUGUGAGGGAAGAUAAAAUAUUCGCGGAGGGUAAAUGAAUGACUGGUUAUUUUUUUCACAAUAAUAUUUCAUUGAUUAAUUCAUUAAUUAUUGUGAUUAAUCGAAAUAAUUAUUAUUGAUAUGAUUAUGAUUAUUAUUAUUAAUUAUUAAUUAUUAAUUAUUAUAAUUAUUGAUGGGUUCACGGAGAUUAAAGAAAGAAAGGAAUGAUGAUAUGUGUAAAAAAUGAAUAAAUAAAAAAAAAUAUUGCUUUUCACAUGAAAAAAAAAUAUAUACUAUUGUAAUUAUGUCGUUAAUAAAUUGUUUUUUUAUUUUA